GUCUCCACAACAUACAGAAACCCAGUGUACGAACAUUGGAGGUUCCCUCUUCUUGGCACAAGCUCAAAUCGGCACUGGAAGCUUGGUGGUUGCAGCAUCAGUGCGGACCCAUAUACAUCAGGCGUCGAUGCGUCACGCUACAGCCAAAGUCUUCCUAAAAGCCCUAAUUCACAAUAAAGCAACUACCCUCCAUCGCCAUACGUGUGGAAACAAGCUCCGACAUGGUGCACAGAGCCUUGUGCUUGUGCAGUACAGGGUGCAGAGGCACUUCCCUCAAAUCGUGUAGCCCUGGUCUGCUAGUGCGAGCUUUCCUUCAUCAACAGGACUCGACGUUCCGUAUUUGCAGUCGGUCUGUGCUCAAGGUGGUGAGCAGUAAUGAGAAGAAGAAAAAAGGAGUGCUAGAAAAAGCGAUAUGCAACGAAGAAUCUUCUGCAUGACGGUUUCUAGAAAGGCAAUAUCCCGGAAGAAAGAGACAACGCGCGCGUAA